AAUACGGCUACAUGAGAUGCAGUACCAACUCUUUCUCUUAAGAAUGGAUCAGCAUCAGGUUUGUAUUUCUGUUCAUAUUAAAGAGUCUAUUCAAAUAGUAUAUUAUUACUAGUGAAAUUCUUCGUAUAUGUACUCCAGCAUUAUUUUCAGGUACUGACAAGGAGCUUGUUUCAUCUUAGAGUAUUGACGAGAUGCCAUCUGUUUCAAAUAAUUUGGAAGAACAGGAAUUUCUAGGAACAUCAGAAGCAAAGACAGAAGAAACUAAGCUUUCUGAAACAAAUAAAAGAAUAUUAAGUGGAAGGAACUGACGAGCAUAUAUGGAUACAGACCCAAUCAAAAUUGCAGCGAUUGAAAUUUUCAAUUAUAGGAAAAAAAGAAUCGAAAAAGAUACAAAAAUACUUUGAUACGCAUAUUAUACAUCAAAACUCUCCCCAUUUUUUUUCUAUCUUCACACUGGUAAAACUAUGGAGGCGGUCGAGGAAUCAGCUGACGAGGCAGAACUUAGAGCACGUGAUUGGUUCAGUGCAAACAAACUUCUGCUUAAUACCAAUAAAACACAGGAGAUUUGGUUUGCAUUGAGAUCUCUGAAUGGAAGACCGAAUCCAGACUCGGUGAAAUUCCUUGGAAUUCGACUGGAUCAGAAGCUUAAAUGGGAUUGCCACAUUGAAGAGGUGUGUGGCAAGCUGCGAAGUACCGUGUUUCUGUUGAGAAAUCUCUCAGAGUGUGUCUCGAUCAAGACGUUACUGACUGCAUAUCAUGCUUUGUUCCAUUCUGUGAUGUCAUAUGGGAUUAUGGCAUGGGGUGAAGCAGCAACAUCAAGCAGGGUAUUUGCCCUACAACGCAAAGCAGUCAGGAUAAUCGCAGGACUGGGCUACCGUGAUGAUUGUAGAGGAACUUUUCGUAAACUCGAGGUGCUUACAUUUCCUUCGGUCUUUAUACUGAGCAGCUUAACUCAUAUUAAGAAAAACGAAAGGAAUUUUCUUUGUCACGGAGACAUCCAUGAUCACCUUACACGGGGUAGAAGUGACUUGGUGGCCGCCCAUUGCAGAUUGACAAAAAGCCAGAAAAGACCUGAAUAUAUAGCCAUUAAGCUGUUCAAUAGGCUUCCAAUGGGAAUCAGACAGUUACCACUGCACAAAUUCAAGAAGACAGUCAAGAAACAUCUAGCAAAUGCCGCGGUAUAUAGCACUGAAGAAUAUCUAAAUUAAUUUUUUUUCUUUUUUCUCAUUACUGUUUGGACAUGUGUAAGAUUAUGUA